AUGGACCGUGCUUCCACGGACAAUGCUGUCCAUGACUUGGGUAACCAAUGUGGCAAUGGUCGCCAGUUUCAGUCUGGUCACCACAUCUAUUCUGUCAGAGGCAACGUGGCAGUAUUUUACUGCAACUAUGUCACCAUCGCCAACUCGCCUCCUCCUUUUGGGGUAUGGGGCACGCCCCAGACUUGCUACGGCGACAGAGUCUGGAACAUUAUUGUCGGUGACAUCAGCAGGAAAUGCGGCUCGUUCAAGCCUGGCUGGAGCGAGGACUUUUAUGCUAAGCAGAAGAAUUCUGUUGGCUACCACGAAGUUGGCGGGGUCAAGACCUUCUGUGGUGAGGGGCACUUUUAA